GCAGCCUCAAGUUCCACCCCAGGAAAUCGCAGCUCAGCCUAGUCAUACUGCAGCUUCCACGACCUGCUUUCUCAGUUACGCUUAGACCAAGGAGGCAUGGCAACGACAUACCACAGCAUGACAUCUGGGGACUACUCUGAGUACUACAGUGAAACAGAAAAUGACAGCUUCCAGGUCUGCAGCAAUACCAAUGUAAGUGCGUUCAGCCAAGUCUUCCUCCCUACGCUCUACAGCAUCGUCUUCAUCAUAGGGUUCAUUGGUAAUGGCCUGGUGUUGUGUGUCCUGAUCAAAUACCACCAACGCUCAAAUGUGACAGAUGUGUGCCUCUUCAACCUGGCACUUUCAGACCUCCUCUUUCUUCUCUCAUUGCCUUUCUGGGCUCACUAUGCUGCCAUCAAUCAUUGGAUCUUUGGGAACUUUAUGUGCCAUGCAGUGACGGCGCUCUACAUGCUGGGAUUCUAUGGAAGUAUCUUUUUCAUGAUCCUCAUGACUUUAGACCGCUAUGCUGUCAUUGUCCAUGCCCAUACCUCCCUCUUCUCCAAGCACCGGUCUGUCAGAGUUAGCAUAGUUAUGGCUUUCUUUAUGUGGGUGAUCAGCUUUGCAGCCUCUCUGCCCAACAUCAUUUUCUCCCAAGCAAAGAAUGAAUCAGAGGGAUGGACAUGCAAAGAGGAAUAUCCAGAAGGGACAUUGUGGAAGUUAAUCUCUUACAUUCAACUCAACAUCCUCGGCUUAAUUAUUCCUCUCUCAGUGAUGGUGUUCUGCUACUCACGCAUCAUCCCCAUCUUAAUGGUCCUAAAGUCUCAGAAGAAGCACAAAGCUGUCAGGCUCAUCCUGGCUUUGGUCAGUGUCUUCUUCCUCUUCUGGACACCCUACAACAUCGUCAUCUUCCUGAAGUUCCUGCGUCAACUUAGCUACAUGACAAACUGUAAGUGGGAACAGGACUUGAACAUGGCUGCACAGUGGGUGGAAACCAUAGCGUUCAGUCACUGCUGCCUCAACCCCAUCAUCUACGCCUUUGUUGGGCAGAAAUUCAGGAAUUUGGUUAUCAAAAUACUAAAACAAUGGUUUCCUGUAUGCUUUGGCCAUUGCACAACAAUCGUCAGCGAGUUCUCGGAAAGGAAGGGCUCCAUGUCCUCGCGCUCCUCAGUGGUUUCCACCACGAAGAUUGUGUAGCCAAAAGCGUAGACAUAAAUGACAUUAUUAAAAUGCCAUUGUGCAUUUAAAUUUGUAAAGCGUUCACAAUUCAGUAUUUACUAAUCUGGGUUAGAUUAAAGUUUAUAUUUACAUGUCAUUAUUUUACUUUGAGUCAGUGAUGUUUAUGUAGAUUUUUGUGUUAGUGAAUAUGCUUCAUUUUUAAUUUUCUACUCAACAUGUAAUCACAUUAUAUUAACCAUUAUUAAAUCUCACUAAGAUGAUCAUUAUGAAAUGUUUUCUUGUCAUAUUUGUAACACAAUGAUUGUGUAUCUGAAGCAUGUCAGA